AUGUCCUGGAAAAUCACCAAAAAACUCAAGGAGACGCACCUUGCUCCUUUAACACAAACGUUUACACGAUCCUCCUCCACAUCUACUAUCAAAGGUGAAUCCGGAGAAGAAACACCGGUCGCCGCACAGACUCCGACCAUUUCCUCAAGUGCAUCCAACGGAAUCGCUGCUUCGGAAUCGCUCGUCUCCCCUCCUGUGGCCCCCGUCAAGCCUGGAAUCCUGAUCGUCACCCUUCAUGAAGGUCGCAGCUUCGCUCUUCCGCAGCAUUAUCAGCAGGUCUUCAGUUCACACGUUCAGAAUGGCUAUGCGAUGCGCCCUAGCUCUUCGUCCUCUCACUCUACGCAGUCUCAGUCGAGCUCAUUUGUGCAAAGCAACCGUCCCCAAUCAACGAGCUCGGGCAUCAACGCGGCCCCGACUAUUCACGGUCGGUACUCAACUAAGUACCUUCCUUACGCCCUUUUAGACUUCGAUAAGAAUCAAGUUUUCGUCGAUGCAGUUUCGGGAUCUCCAGAAAACCCCCUUUGGGCAGGUGACAACACAGCGUUCAAGUUUGACGUGUCUCGUAAGACCGAUCUGAACGUCCAACUAUACCUUCGCAACCCCGCCGCUCGGCAAGGUGUCGGCCGGAAUGAUGAUAUCUUCUUGGGUGCCGUCAAAGUCCAUCCUCGAUUUGAAGAGGAAACUCACCCCUACGUUGACGACCCAAAGUUGAGCAAGAAGGACAACCAGAAGGCUGCCGCGGCCCACGCCGAACAGGAACGCGCCCUAGGACAAGUAGGUGCCGAAUGGCUUGACCUUCAGUUCGGUUCCGGAUCCCUCAAAAUCAGCGUAUCUUUCGUUGAGAGCAAGCACCGCAGCCUGAAACUAGAGGAUUUCAACUUGCUCAAGGUCGUCGGCAAGGGCAGCUUUGGAAAGGUCAUGCAGGUUAUGAAGAAGGACACGGGCCGUAUCUAUGCUCUCAAGACCAUUCGUAAAGCACACAUCAUCUCGCGGUCGGAAGUCACGCAUACGCUCGCCGAAAGAUCCGUACUCGCUCAGAUCAACAAUCCUUUCAUCGUACCUCUUAAGUUCUCCUUCCAGUCCCCGGAGAAGCUGUACUUCGUCCUGGCUUUCGUGAAUGGUGGAGAGCUGUUCCACCACCUUCAGCGGGAACAGCGAUUCGAUGUCAACCGAGCCCGUUUCUACACCGCCGAGUUGCUUUGUGCCCUUGAGUGUCUGCAUGGUUUCAAGGUUAUCUACCGCGACCUGAAACCCGAGAACAUUCUCCUUGACUACACCGGACAUAUUGCUCUGUGCGACUUUGGUUUGUGCAAAUUGGACAUGAAAGACGAAGAUCGAACAAACACGUUCUGCGGAACUCCAGAGUAUCUAGCCCCCGAGCUUCUCCUUGGUCAAGGGUAUACCAAGACCGUCGACUGGUGGACUCUUGGUGUGCUUCUCUAUGAGAUGCUGACUGGUCUUCCGCCUUUCUAUGACGAGAACACAAAUGAUAUGUACCGAAAGAUCCUACAGGAGCCUUUGACUUUCCCAAGCAGCGACAUCGUACCCCCGGCUGCGCGGGAUCUUCUUACUCGACUCCUUGACCGUGAUCCUCAUCGCCGACUUGGUGCCAAUGGUGCCGCGGAGAUCAAGUCUCACCACUUCUUCGCCAACAUUGACUGGCGUAAGCUGCUCCAGAGGAAGUAUGAGCCAAGCUUCCGACCAAAUGUGUCGGAUGCCCGCGACACCAAGAACUUCGACGUCGAGUUCACCUCCGAAGCUCCGAAAGACUCAUAUGUAGACGGACCCAUGCUGUCUUCGACUCAGCAACAGCAGUUUGAGGGAUGGUCUUACAACCGCCCCGUUGCGGGUCUCGGCGACGCUGGUGGCAGCGUCAAGGAUCCAUCAUUCGCCAGUAUCCCUGAGGAUUCCCGAUUUUAG